UCCGAUUAUUUUACAGGGUGCCCACGACCACACAGAGUAGCAUCCUCGUCCUCAGCUUCAUUCAAUUUUGGAGUUGCCUGCCAUUUUGACUUUGCUGACUCUCUCCGCGUUUAGCCGAAUCCAACCGCCGUCCCACGUGGCAUUACCCACUUCUUAUCGGCCACCUGUACCCGCCAUCUCUCUCUCUCUCUCUCUCUCUCUCUUCUAUAAUAAUAAUAUUCAAAACAAUUUUUCAUCUCUCUCCUUCAAUUUCCUUCAAUCUCCUCUAUUCCAUUCAAUUCAAUUCAAUUCAAAUUCCCGCUAGCUACCUCACGCGCCACCACAACGAUGCCGUAUUGCGACGUUGGUACACAGAUUUCUCCCCCAUCAACCUCCUUAUCCGCCGUCGCACCAGCCGAUGUUCAACUCAACAAUGACGUCAAAAUCUUCUACAGAACUUACGGUCGCGGUCCCACCAAAGUCCUCCUCAUCAUAGGAUUGGCUGCUACACAUGAAGGGUGGGGUCCACAAAUCAAAGGAUUAACUGGAACAGACGUAGCUAAUGACGAAGACGACGCCGUUUGGAGUGGUGGUGAUAAUGAGGCCGGCGGUGGUAUUGAAGUCUGCGCUUUUGAUAAUCGGGGCGUCGGUCGAAGCUCCAUUCCAAUUAGAAAAUCCGAUUAUUCAACAACGAUCAUGGCAAAGGAUGCAAUUACUUUGUUGGAUCAUUUAGGUUGGAAAAAGGCACAUGUUUUUGGGCACUCAAUGGGAUCCAUGAUAGCUUGUAAAUUAGCAGCAAUGGUUCCUGAUAGAGUUCUCUCAUUGGCGUUGUUAAAUGCAACAGGUGGGGGUUUUCAAUGUCUUCCAAAGUUUGAACGACGAACCUUCUCGGUUGCUUACCGUUUCUUGAAGGCAAAGAGUCCUGAACAAAGAGCUGAAGUUGACUUGGACACCCACUAUUCACAAGAAUAUCUUGAGGAAUAUGUUGGAACCGUGAAGAGGAGAGCGAUAUUGUAUCAGCAAUAUGUUAAAGGCAUAUCAAACAGUGGAAUGCAGUCUAACCACGGCUUUGAUGGUCAACUCAGUGCAUGUUGGAAACAUAAAAUGACCCAAACAGAGAUCGAAGCGAUCAAAUCUGCAGGUUUUCUUGUUUCGGUCAUUCAUGGCAGGGAUGAUAUAAUUGCUCAGCUAUAUUAUGCAAGAAGACUUGCUGAGAGGUUUCAUCCAAUGGCUCGGCUGGUAGAUCUUCAUGGAGGUCAUUUAGUGAGUCAUGAGCGGCCUGAAGAGGUUAAUCAAGCACUGUUUGACUUGAUCAAGGCAUCAGAAGUGAAGAUGAUCCCACAUGAUUGGACUAACUUGUCAAAUACACAAUCUUGGUGGAAUGAAAAAAGGAUGGCAUUGAUCAAAACCAAUCAGAAUGGAAGCAACGUUUCCAUGAAAUGCUACUUGACAGACAAACUGCAUCUCUGCAUACUAUACUUCUUUAGCCUCCUUAUUAUGAUACUUGAAUUUGGAAGAAAGCUUGUAUGGAGCUUUAAGCCAGUUCGAAUUGGAACUUCCGCCACAUACAUUGAAAGUCCAUAAACCCCUUCUUUUUUAAUAGCUUAUUGCAGGUGGGUAAUAUAUAAUUUAGCAAACCCUCAAGUGGAAGAUUUUGACUCUGUUUUCUCAUGGCGUUAAGCUUGGGGUUAAGCUAGAAGAGGCUCGUGUAUAAGGCAAUUUUUUUCUCAUAGGAAACCAAGAUUUCUCCCAAAGGGAUGAGUUAUGAAUCCAACAUAACCCUUAUUGACAUGAUGAAUGUAUAGCCAAUACAUCAAAGGGAUAGAGAAGAGGGUGAAUGGUCCACUUUUCUUUGAUACACUAUGUAAUAAUAUAAUGUUGUACAUUAGUCAGAUUAUUUUAAACUUAUACAAA